AAACCUCAUCUCACGAACCAACCCGUUUUGGCAAAAACCUAGCAGAAAAUUCUAGCGUGCUCGGGGUGGUGAUUUAGAGUUUAACAAAAUUCUCAAACUGUCAGAAAUUUCUUAGCAGAGACAGUAUAGGGUUUUCAUAGCUAUGCAUAUAAAUGUAGAUAUAAGUUAUGUAGUUUUAUGUGCGUUGUGCUUUCAGGAGCUUUAAAACCAAAGGGUCUGUUGACAACAAGAAGAACCAAACAAAGCCAAGGGUUUUUGUUCUUCUUCUGGCAGUGUUCAUCUUUGUUCUGUAGACCGAGUGUGCAUGAAAAAGAGGAAAUAGCAAUGGCAAUGGAGGAUCUUAAUGAUUAUACUAUUAUCAAAGAAGGAGAGGCGGAGAUUCUUAUGCACGCCAAGAAUAAAGUGUUUUACAACAAAACCCAGGUCAACAAUAGGGACAUCUCUAUUGCUGUUCUGAGGGCAUUUGUAUCCAAACGCAAGCAGGAGCAUGAAGCAGUGUUGUCUAAGAGAACAUCAGCAACAAAGCUGUCAGAAAAGGAUGCUUCUGAAUCUGCUGCAGAAGAAGUUGCUAAUGAUUCUGUUGUCAAUGAUGAAAAGUCAAAUGGAGAAACUGAAGGGCCUGAAGAGAUAUCCCAAGAUGAACCAUGUAACAAUUCAGAAGAACUUGCCGAGACCAUGGAGAGAAAAAUUCUGAGAAAACUAAAGCCACCAAGAGUUCUUGAGGCCUUGUCAGCUUCUGGAUUAAGAUCUUUAAGAUAUGCUCUUGAAGUAGAAGGACUUGGUCAAGUAGUGGCUGUAGACAAUGACAAAGCGUCUGUUGAAGCUUGUAAGAGAAAUAUAAAGUUCAAUGGUUCAGUUGCCUGUUCAAAAGUGGAAUCACAACUUGAUGAUGCUCGUGUAUAUAUGCUUACCCACCCAAAAGAAUUUGAUGUGGUAUGCACAAGCUAUUUUGUUGAUCUUGAUCCUUAUGGUUCACCUUCAAUUUUUCUGGACUCUGCAGUUCAAUCUGUUGUUGACGGAGGCAUGUUGAUGUGUACAGCAACUGAUAUGGCUGUGCUUUGUGGGGGUAAUGGGGAGGUCUGCUACUCCAAGUAUGGGUCAUAUCCAUUGAAAGGGAAAUAUUGCCAUGAAAUGGCUUUGAGGAUCCUCCUAGCAUGUAUUGAGGUACUUCUACUAAUCUACCAACAGUCCCCUGUGAGCCAUGCAAAUCGGUACAAGCGAUACAUUGUUCCUGUGUUAUCUGUUCAGAUGGAUUUCUAUGUUCGAGUCUUUGUUCGAAUUUUCACUUCUGCUAGUGCGAUGAAGAAUACUCCCCUCAAACUCUCAUACGUAUACCAGUGCACUGGUUGUGAUUCCUUUCAUCUCCAGCCUAUUGGCCGGACGGCCUCCAACAAGAAUAACAGUGUAAGAUAUCUACCUGGGUUCGGUCCUGCUGUUCCUCAAUUGUGCAGUCACUGUGGGAAGAAAUUCAAUAUGGGGGGACCAAUAUGGUCUGCACCCAUUCAUGAUCAAGAUUGGGUAACUUCCAUGCGAGUAGAUGUGAAUUCUAUGAAGGAUCGAUAUCCUGCUUAUGAUCGCAUCUCUGCUGUAUUGACUACAAUUUCAGAGGAGUUGCCUGAUGUUCCUCUCUUUCUGAGUCUGCACAACCUCUGUGCAACACUAAAAUGCACUUCUCCUUCUGCGGUAAUCUUCCGCUCUGCUGUGAUCAAUGCAGGCUAUCAUAUCUCUGGAACCCAUGUGAAUCCACUGGGGCUCAAGUCAGAUGCUCCCAUGGAUGUCAUUUGGGACAUAAUGCGUUGCUGGGUCAAAAAUCAUCCUGUAAAAGCUCAACCACCUGAUCAGCCAGGGAGUGUCAUACUUGCCAAGGAACCAGUUCUUCAGGCCAAUUUCGCUCGAGCUGUUGCAUCCUUUAGCAAGGCACAAGCCAAGAAAGUCGUUCGAUUCCUUCCAAACCCUGAAAGGCACUGGGGCCCUAAGCUCAGAGCUGGUCGACAAAUCACAACCAAGCACAUCUCUCUUCUGGGUCCAGAGGUAGUAACUGGACAUCUGAACCUUGAAGACAGUGAAAAUCCCCAUGCCAAGCGCCAGAAAAUGGAGGCUCAGAAGAGUGAGGAUCCAACCCCGAGUUCCUGAAGUGAAAUUGUUUCAUGUCAGUGUGUCACUCAACCUGUGCUUCUGAAUUUGAGCAACUCUCUGGUGACUACAGAGGCAAAAUUUUGGCAGUUUGAGUUUUGAUUGGAAUAUGUAACUUAAGGAUUUCAUUGAAUUGAAGUUAAAUGUAAUAAGAUGUUAUUUUUGAGGUAUAUAAUUUGUCUUCUAUUUAUUAUUAAUAACAACUUAGAGAUUCUUGCA